GCGUAUUUAUCGCACGGCUUUUCGAUCCGGCCGACUUUUAUUCGCGAUAACGGCGGAUUAGGCACCGGCGGUAUAUUUCGCCGGCCGGCGGCCGCGUCCGCGCGCAAUUGCUCGCGCGGGAGGCUCGCGCUGGGGCGCUCAGUGCGUUAUGGAAUGCGCGACGGGCAGCUACCGUGUUACGCGACUCCGCACGAUGCUCGGCCGAAAAUGCACGCUAAACGCCCGGAAAGCCGUGCGCCGCGGCCGCCGUCUUGACAUCGUCUCGCCGCCCGACAUCGGACACGGUGCGUACCUCGGCCGCAGCCCGUCCACGCCGAGCCGGGAGACGCGCUCCCGUAUUUUUCGUCGGUAGCACCGGGUAUACGUGGCAACAGAGCGUGCUGUGUGGCUGCCGUGCGAGCGCUGCUCUGUCACUUCCUAGUCAAGAGAGUUCUCGUCGGCGGUACGACGAGGUAGAGAGAGAGAGAGAGAGAGAGAGAGAGAGAGAGAGAGAGAGAGAGAGAGAAAGAGAAAGAGAGAGAGAGAGAGAGAGAGAGUGAGAGACCAGGUGCGUCUCUCGCAUACGUACGGUGCGCGCAGCACAACGCGCUCCCGUCCCGACCCGUCUCCGCAGCCGUGCGUGCGCGACGGGGACGGCGUGGAUCUACACACGCCUCGUGUAGACGUGCCCCCCACGCUCCGGAUCCGGAUCGGUACGUCGCCCGCCGCCGUUCAUAUAAAGCGAUCGCGUGCUCGCGCGGUUCGCGCGGCGACCAGCGCGUCGUGCUGCUCGUUCCACACGCGCGGAUCGUGUCCAAGGGAUCGCGCGCGCCGAGCCUCUCAGCCCGGCCUCUCAAGCGCGCCCGACGACGACGCCGUCGACGCGCCGAGGAUCGCCCCGAAGGAUCAUCUGACCACACACACACACACAUGUCUGUGUCCCCGGAGACGGAGGAGAGAGCACGCAUGUACCAGUGCGUGCGCGCAUUCUAUUUGUUUGGGUACACCGAGAAGCCGCGAGAGUAGCGCGAUAGGAAUUUCACGCUGUGUAAGUUUCGCCGUCCGUCGGUUAGCGGACUACUGGUGUUACGUACAGUCGUGCUACCCUGGCAGCCGUGUCGCCGGUGGGCAUCGGCGGAGUUGAUGCGUCCGCGCGAUUCGAGAAAUGCGCUGAACACCGUGAAUUCCGCCUUGUCCGCUUGUCCGGCUACUGGUGUUACGUGCAGCCACUGUUCGGCAUAGCCUGCUGUGUGUUAACGAUAUCAAAAGAAUUCACGUGUAGAAUCGUGCAAUUUUACAAUGGGCAGGCUCUAAAGCACAAAUGGAACGUGAACAUUUAGUUUUUAUACGUGUAGCCUUAGUGUAUAUGUAAAUAUUUGCAGUAUGAUGUAUGAUGUACGGGCAGUAUCAAUCACAUGUCCGACUCAUCAGGUUGGUUUACCCUUGGACUGUCUCCCCAAUGAUUACAGUCUAUACAAUACUUGUACGUUCAAAGUGUUGGCAUAAUGUACAAUACACAAUAGAAGGAUAAUUGUGCAGAUAUGUAUAGGACAGGCAAGAUAACCUCCAACAGUAUUUCCAAGGCAUUAUUGCCAGAGCAUCAACGAUAGGUAUCCCCAAUGGCGCCACACGUGUGCCAGCUGCAAUGGGCUGACGCAGAGUACGAGUAACUUAUUAUUCUUCGGACACUUGCCUCUCAGCAGUGGCUUUCACAUAAGAGAGUUAACCUGAAAAGAGUUAAUGGUGCUUGCACGCUGUUAUCCUCGUUAUCCUCCCAUCGGUACAAUGGAGGAGCCAGUUAAGAAGAAACAGCGUGUCGACGGUAGCGAGGACUCCAAGAAUGCGCUUGCCGACAUCGAGGAACUGCAGAAUAGCUUGCUAGCGCAAUGUCUGUGCAAUGUGUCGGAGAGCAGUUUGCGCAAGCCGUUUACCAGCACCACGGUGGAAGCAGCUGAUGGCAGCUUUCGCUACUUUGUCCUGUCCGAAUGGAGCAAUGAACAGACCCUCAAGUUUCUGAGCGCUCUGCAGCUGCUGUUCGACCUGGCGAUCAAGCAGAACGUGAGGGGCUUGAUGUGCAAACGCGUAUUGGACACUUGCAAAGCGUUGGCGCGCAAUGAACACGGUGUGAUCGAUCAGAUCAUCGACUUGUCGUACACAACCGACAAGUUCGUGUCGUUCGCUGCAAGCCGAGUGCUCGCCUCGUUCUUUAUCGUCACGAAGGACAACGUGCAACCGUGGUUGGAAAAACUCACGCAGUCCUUGGUAAACACGCACUCACCCGCUCAGAUGUUGUUCAUCCUGGACGUAGUGAAGAGGGUGGUGGAACACAAAGAUUGCAGUAUACACCCACUGGAAGACGCGGACGCGUCCACCCCGCCGCCCGGCUGCAACACCGUCGUGAUGUCCGAUUCUGAGAGCUUCGACAGCACGGCGAUCAAGGCGACGUGUGUGAAGGCGCUCGAGUCCAAGUGGAUCAUCCUGGUGUCGAAGUUCGAGGCCAUCCUCAACGCGUACACGCCGCAGCACGAGUCUGUUGUCAUCACGUUCCUGCAUCUAUGGGAGACCGUGAUCUCCGUCAAGGCCAAUCUGUCGGUCAUCGACACCAAGCUUUUCUAUUCGAAGUUGGAUAUUCUCGUAGGGCUGCUGAACGCGAGCGUGCCAAGCGUAAUUUGGCGACACCUGCUGAGUCUAUUCAACGAGGUAUUGUGUUACGGCAGCACGCUCGCGCUACAAGAUGUGUUGCCGGACGAGCCGUGCGCCCUUGCACACCUGAUCGUCCGGGCGGUCAAGGAUUGGCGAUUACUCGACGCGAUGCCAUACCGCCACGGCUCCGGCCGAUUCGGCGGAGGCACCGGCGAAGGCGACCGUCCUCUGCUGCAGAAGAUGGUGCUGCUAGUGCUGAAGAGCGUCGCCGUGACGGUGCGGGAGACGCGCAGCGACACCAGCGACUCGUCCCUGGGCUCCGAGGCCGAAGACUUGGACGCGGACAUGGCGGUGAUCGAGAGAAGCAUCCGCGAGGUGUUGCGUCAGCUGGACCAAUGCGUCAAGACGCUGAUGCCGUUCCACCCGGAGAUGCCGCUCUCGCAGUGGGUCGUGCAAAUGUUCCACGACCAGGACGAUUUCCUCAUCGAAGGCAUGGUCUGCUGCUUGGACGUCGCCGUGGGCCUCUUCUACCGCGGCCCGCCGCAGAAUGACCUAGGUCACAUGCUGAGCCCGACGCUCACGUUCGUGCAGUUCGUGAACGCCGUAUCGCAGGACCCGGAUGUGCUGUUGGACCUGCUCGUCAGCAACGAGACCUGUUUCCUGCUGUACCUGCUGCGCUUCCUCAAGUACAUCCGACGCAAUUGGCUCGAGUUCGUGUCGUGCUGCGGCCGCGAACUGCCGGACAUUAUGACCGUGUUAACGAGACUGCGAAUGGCCAUCAACCGGCUGGUGUCCAAGGCGUUGUUUCCUUACAACAUCAACCCAGUUCUGCGUCUGCUCGACAAAUGCGAAUCCUUCUAUGAGGGUAACGCGGACAAUUGAAUGUGUCGGUGUUGAAAUAGCGGGAGGGAGAGAGCUGGGGAUGCCCCAUAGUCGCAUAGAGCGAGGAGGUCAGCGUGUACAGAUCGUCCAUACGACCCGCGAGUGUCCUCUCGCUCCUCCCUUCGUAAUUUGUAAUAACUAGAAUUAUUCUCGUCGCCGUCAUCUUGUAAAAUAUCGCGAAGUUGUACAGAUCGCCGCAUCUCCGCGUUCCCGCGCAGAAGAAAGGAAAGAAAAGCGACUGAUUAACGCUGUCUUCGUAGCACUCCGUAAGCUGACUAAGAGCGAGGCUUAGGAAGAGCGCAACCCCGAGCGCGUUUCUAUUUAUUAGUUCUAGCGAAAUUGUUCACAUAGUUGGAAUUGCCCCUCGUCGUUCUGUUCACGGAUGCAGCGGUUUUGUCGAGUGCCUCGCAGGCAGAUUAUAUCGGUAGUUUCGAGUCGGACCAAGUACAAAAGCGCGCCGGAGGCAAAAUUCGUCCGUCGUCGUUGUAUCGUACCCCCAAGACCAGACUGCAUUCGUGUGGUGCUAAUAAAAGUACGCUUUUGCCAAAGCACCAUUGGGAGAAAUACAUUAAAAUGUAUACCACUAGAAUAAUAUUUAUGUGUAUACUUUAAUCUAUAUGUACAAUUUGCCAGUGCACUAGAAUAUUUGUAAAUGAAACUUAAUC